UUUUACUAUAUAACGCCUUCUUCUACCGCUCCACCAUUUUCCACUCACAGUGCUCCGUCUCACAGAACCAGCAAACACUCUCUCUUCUCUCUCUCUCUCGCUAACCCUCACUCAAACUUCAGCGAGAUCUCCGUUUCACCGGCGCAGAUGCGUGAGAUCCUCCACAUCCAGGGCGGCCAGUGCGGCAACCAGAUCGGAGCUAAGUUCUGGGAGGUCGUCUGCGCCGAGCAUGGCAUCGACAGCACCGGAAGGUACCAGGGGGACACCGAUAUGCAGCUCGAGCGGGUGAAUGUCUACUACAACGAGGCGAGUUGUGGUAGGUUCGUGCCCCGUGCCGUCCUCAUGGAUCUGGAGCCCGGCACCAUGGACAGCGUCAGAUCUGGUCCCUACGGCCAGAUUUUCCGUCCUGACAACUUUGUCUUCGGCCAGUCCGGCGCCGGCAACAACUGGGCCAAGGGACACUACACCGAAGGUGCUGAGCUCAUCGAUUCUGUCCUCGAUGUCGUGAGGAAGGAAGCAGAGAAUUGUGACUGCUUGCAAGGUUUCCAGGUCUGCCACUCUUUGGGAGGUGGAACUGGUUCAGGAAUGGGAACUCUCCUGAUCUCCAAGAUCAGGGAGGAGUAUCCUGACCGUAUGAUGCUCACAUUCUCCGUCUUCCCCUCGCCCAAGGUGUCGGACACAGUUGUUGAACCCUACAAUGCAACUCUCUCUGUUCACCAGCUCGUUGAGAAUGCAGAUGAGUGCAUGGUCCUGGAUAAUGAAGCUCUGUAUGACAUCUGCUUCCGUACCCUGAAACUCACCACUCCCAGCUUUGGAGACCUGAACCACUUGAUCUCUGCCACCAUGAGUGGAGUCACCUGCUGCCUUCGUUUCCCCGGUCAACUCAACUCUGACUUGCGCAAGCUUGCAGUCAAUCUCAUCCCGUUCCCUCGCCUCCACUUCUUCAUGGUUGGGUUCGCUCCCCUCACAUCACGUGGCUCCCAGCAGUACCGUGCCCUGACAGUCCCUGAGCUGACUCAGCAGAUGUGGGAUGCCAAGAACAUGAUGUGCGCUGCUGAUCCACGCCACGGGAGGUACCUCACUGCCUCUGCCAUGUUCCGUGGCAAGAUGAGCACCAAGGAAGUUGAUGAACAGAUGAUCAACGUCCAAAACAAGAACUCUUCCUACUUCGUCGAGUGGAUCCCCAACAACGUCAAGUCCACUGUCUGUGACAUCCCUCCCACGGGUCUGAAGAUGGCUUCGACUUUCAUCGGCAACUCAACAUCUAUCCAGGAGAUGUUCCGUAGGGUGAGUGAGCAGUUCACUGCCAUGUUCAGGAGGAAGGCUUUCUUGCAUUGGUACACUGGGGAAGGCAUGGACGAGAUGGAGUUCACCGAGGCUGAGAGCAACAUGAACGAUCUGGUGUCCGAGUACCAGCAGUACCAGGAUGCGACAGCUGAUGAAGAAGGGUAUGAGGAUUAUGAAGAGGACGAGGAAGGUGUAGCGGAUGUUUGAUUAAAGAAAGCAAGAAGAAUCGUAGAGUUGUAGCUGGCAAGUGGGUGGAGUGUUGUUUUUGCUGUUUGCUACAAUGUCUGUUGUGGUUAUUUUUGUUGGUUCUGUUAUUUUUACUAUUCCGGGUUCCUGAAUGCCUUGUUAAGGUGGGUUGGGUUUUUUUUAUCACUCUUUUCUUAUUUUGCGAGUUUGUGUAGUACUGGGAUUCUGGCACUUUUAGGGUUUAGAGUUUCUCAUGCGGGUUAGGUGCAUAUCGUGAUGCUUGGUUUAGUAGCUUUACAGAAAUGAAACCUGUUAUCAGUUACUUGUUGGGUUUAUCUUUCUGCAUGGAGAACAUAUGUUCAUGGUGUUUGGCUUUUAUUGGGUUGGUAUGAUUGGAUGAUGUUUGUGUAUUGUUAAAAUGGUGUACUAUGCUUCAUGUCGAUGCAUUGAAGGUUUGUUUUAUCUUUGUGCAUAGACGACAUAUGUUCAUGGUUUUUGGAUUUCUAUUUGGUUGGUAGAAUUCAAUAAAAUUUUGUGCUAAAGU